CUAUGGCAAAAGUGUCCUAAUAAAAUUGUCAAUAUCUGAUCCUAUUUUUCGGAUCAAUAUUGAAGUGGUUUACGUUGUAUAAGUUUUAUAGAAACGCGCGAAGAUGAUAAUAAUAUUCAAUAUUGCUUCAAUUAAAAAAAAAGCAUCGAAUCACGAUCACGUGUGUUAUUCAAUUACAGACUAGUAAUUAAUUAAUUUAAUUGCUGAGAAUACAAAUAUAAAAAAAUUGUAAUUAUAUUUCGAGAAAUUUGACGACAAGCACAUCGCGGAAUGUUUUAAGAAUAAGCAUUUUUAUAAGCCAGUAGUCUCUUCCUCCCCUUCGUGGCGCCAAUCUUCGCCAAGAUUGUGGAUCGAGUCACGGAGACCGGAUCUACGCUCCUGGUUCUCACAGUUAGGUGAAUGCUGAGUAGAGAAUACGGCGAUCAUAAUUAAAGAACAAAGGGGGGCCUGUUUCCUUCGCUCGCCUGUUAUUUCGAUUUAACAAUGCAUUUUGGGGACGUGAGGGAUAUUACAACAUUCCUUAACAAUAGCUUACAAUCGCACAAACUUCUCUCGCGCCUCUCUGCAAAUAACGUCGGGUGUCAUUUAAAAUGACAUUUGUAAUUAUAUUCAUUAACAUUAUUAUCAUGAUUACCACAUUUAAUUGCAAUUUGUGCAAAAAUGUUGCGACAUGCAACAGUGUUCUUUUAAAGCCGACUACUUUAUUUAGUUGAUAUAAUUCUUAUUUUCUGCGGUUCGUAUGUGGGAGAUAUCAAUAGCGAAUAUAAUUCGGGUUCGAAUAGCUUUCCCUAAAUAUACGGCACUGUAAAUCGACCCACAACAAUGGCUUCUGCUGUUAUAGCACCGCGUGUGUUGCGCAACACAAACUGAAAACUAUAGAAAGGGCGCUAAACUCUUUUGUUUGUGUGUGUGUGUGUGUGCGUUCGGCGCGAUCGACCUUCGAGCAUUUACCGGAUCGUUGAUAUCCAAAGCGGGAAACUUCGCCCACGCUUUUAUGACGUUGACUCACAACGUGGAUUUAAAUCGCAUAAUAAGAUAAAGAUUUUGAAAAAUUAAAUAUAUUGAGCCCGCACACACAUAUAUAUAUAUACACACACAUAUUCCUAGAACUAUAGAAAAUUUAUUUUGAAGUUUUGCAGCAAAAUAAAUAAUUUUCGAUCCGUAUCCGAAGUGAUGCCGUGUUACACGGACUUAAUUUGCAUGUCGUAAUAAUAAGUAUUAGAACGUCGCUAUUAAAUUAGAUGCUAUUUUAACUCGGAAGUCGAACGGGAACGCAAGGUGCAUUAGAACGGUUUAGCAUCUGUUACUUGCCGAUGACAAGUCAGCGCAUAAAAUUAUUCGCGAUGACCGUCGAUGAAUGCGCACAUCUUUUUUUUAUCUCUCUCUCUCUCUCUCUUUUUUUUAAAUUGCAGUCAAUUCUCUACGGAGUGCGUGUUCAACUAUAAUUUCCGCCUGCCGAGAAAUCGACGAAACAAGGCGAUUCUAUAGCGUCGAGCUCGCUCGCACGCGAUCAUUUGUGAACUAGAACGUCUUAAAAUAGGCCUAUUCGUGUUAUUAAAAAGAGAGAAAAUCAGAGUACAAUAAAAUUAAAAAAAAUCACACUUGCUUUUUAACUUAAAUUUAAAAUAGAUAUAAGCAUAUUUUUUUGAUUGCGAUGAAAAAGAUAGAAGUGAGAUAUCGGUGAAGCAGAUUUGAAUUCUAUAUCAAAAACAAUUAAUUCUUUUCUUUUUAUUAUUGCAGAAAAAUCUCAAAGAAUAUUUGAACAAAGUUUGCGAACGGAUAGAAAAUAAAAAUUAAUUGAAAAGUUAUUUUAUCGCAACGACAGUUGAAAAGAGGAUCUCGUAAUUUUCAUAGAACGUUUAUAAUAACAGUCUGAUGAUUCGGACAAAAUUCCAGAUUGAUUCAUCUAAGAUCGACUAAGCGAUAAGUUGCUUUUUUUCACCGAUGUCUCGCCUCGAACGGGCGAAGAAGUGAUCGACACAGACGUUUACACAGGCGGAGGAUGAUUAUGCGGGAUACGCCUCGAUGAUAUCCGUUCGAGGGUGUAGCUUGUACGUGUUUCUGCCUAUGUUGCGAUUGCGCAACCUCGAGGAAACAAUGAGAGCAUCGUCGUAAAGCUAAACGGGGCCCCGGCUGUGUCGAUCGUGACGUGGCGCGGCCUUCGAGCGAUAGGAUCGGACGGGGACCGAAAAUGACAACAAGUCGAGCGGCGGUUUUGGUGAUGAAACGUUCCGGACGCGGCGUUUGUCCGUCGUUAUCGCGAGGAUGACGAAGACGUGGACGGUAAGCGGCUUCACGGGGCUCCUCGUCCUCGUACCCGUUACCGUCUGCGCGACGAUCACCUACGUCAAUAGCAACGAGGACCCGUCGCGAUGCAACGAUCGCAAUAAUAGUAAUCGCAAUAAAACUUUCUCAUUCUGUAAAUACGAUGACGACUGUAUCGCGAAUGCGUUUUGCAAAAACCAACAAAUCUGCUCGUGCAAAGAAAAUCACAUCGAAUUCAGGAUUAACAACAACUACAGAUGUCUAAGAGUGGCUACUAGCAUCGGCGAUCCCUGCGAGGAGGACAUCCAAUGUGAGUUUACAUUUACACCGCAGUCGGAAUGUCGAGGAGGCACUUGUCAAUGCGACCACGAUUCUCACUUCACGGAUGGAAGGUGUUACGAGUCUGUCGGUCUGGGCAAACGUUGUCGCUCGAAUCGCAAUUGCUACAUCAAAAAUACCUUUUGCGAAUACGGUCUCUGCACUUGCGGUUUGCGUCAUCACGCAAACUUUGACAACACCGGCUGUCUACACAGCGCCAAAUUGAACGAAUACUGCAACAGCGAUGACGAAUGCAUUGCGGAGAAUUCGAGAUGUAUGCACAGCAGAUGCGACUGCAAAGUGGACUACGUGCUGGCCGAGGGCGGCCAACGGUGCUUGAAGGCCGCUUCCUGGAUCGACGAGGAGUGCGAGCAGCAGUCCCAGUGCCAGAUGAUCCUGAAGCAUAGCCAAUGCGGCGCAAACGGGACGUGCGAUUGCGUCACCGGCUCUCACAGACGCGGUCGUCGAUGUUACGUCGAUGUUGAACUAGGCGGCCGUUGCGAGACUCACCAUCAUUGUAUCACUGGAAGUUUGAGAGAUUCUAAUUCGACGUGGAAAUCGAAAGUGGAUUGUGUUGAUGGCUUCUGCACUUGUACCGAUGGUUAUACGUUAAUGGAGGAACUGCAGGACUGCGUUCAAUUCAGCGAUAACGGUGCAACAGGAUGGCAAGCAUACGGAAUACUCCUCGUCGUCUUUAUCGCGAAAUUUCUUGUGUGCUAAGAAUAUGAUGGAUACGAUUUGUGUUCAGUAGCACUUCCCAUAAAUCUAAAAAUUCACUGAUUUAUUAGCUUAGAAUAUUUAAAUAUAUAGUGCCGUAGAGCUUUAAUAAUUUAUCUAUAGUUUAAAUAUGUGUCUAUCGUUAUAUUUAUUUAAAUUUCGCUUGACUAAUGUAAAUUUGAUAUAUUUUAAAUUCAAUAUACAGCCAAAGAGACUCAGCACGUUUUCUCAAGUUGAGAAAACAGUAAAUCUGAUAGAUUAUUAUAACACUGUUCUUCCUCUCCAAUUAACUGGAUAAUAGUUACAGUCAUUGACUAGGUUACACAGAUUGAGCAUAAUGUCAUUUCCACAUGUAUUAAAUGUAUAAUAAUUA